ACACCCUGAACCGGUUGCCAGCCAAUCGCAGGGCACACAGAGACAAGUCGAAGUCAAGUCAAAGUCAGCUUUAUUGUCAAUCCCUUCAUAUGUCAAGACACAUAAAGAAACCGAAAUUCCGUUUCCUCCAUCCCACGGUGACGAGACACAGUACACGAUAAACAUACAAUUAGACGACACAAAAUAAAAACAAGAAGGCACAAACAAUAAAUAAUAGAUAAUAAAUAAAUAAAAUGUGAUGAAUAAAUAAUAAACAAAUAACCCAAUAAAUAAGAGGAGCAAAACUGAGCCAGUGUGCGUACAGCAGACAAACAACCAUUUGCACUCACACUCAUACCUAGGGACAAUUUGGAGUCUUCAAUCGGCCUACCAAGCAUGUUUUUGGGAUGUGGGAGGAAACCGGAGUGCCCGGAGAAAACCCAUGCGGGCCCGGGGAGAACAUGCAACCUCCACACAGUGAGGGCCGGAGGUGGAAUCGAACCCGCACCCUCCUAACUGUGAGGCGGACGUGCUAACCAGUGCCUCACCGAGCCGCUCCACAUGUUCAUAUUAGUUUUUGGGCACCCACCGUACCAUUGCCCUCGUCUCCAAAGCCAGGGGAGAAUGUCGGGGAAGAAGGAAUUUGAUGUGAAGCAGAUCCUCAGGCUCCGCUGGCGCUGGUUCAGCCACUCGUCCCAAGGUUCGGCAGGAAGCGGUAGUGUCGGCGGGAUAGGAGGUUACAUUCAGCAGGAUGGCACCGACCACAGGGGGACCCCGGUCCAGGGCCGGCUCAAGAGCCAUUCCCGGGAAAGGGGUGGAGGAGGACUUAGGAAGUCAAGCAGCCCGGCCCACAGUAUCCUGGCGCCGACGCCGGGACCCACUCCCAUCAGUGUCAGAGCGGGUCAGCAUUCAUGGCAGCAACAACAGCAACACACCGUGCCGGGCCUUCAGGUCAAUGAGGACACGUUCAAGAGGGCUUCCUCACCCAGCACCACCAGGAAGGAGGACCCCAACACGGGCAAAGAAGAUGUAAAGAGCAGCAAGGAAGAACCUGCAGAGAUGGAGGCCAGAGAGAGGUUGGCUCUGAGUACCUUCACCAGAAUGAACACCAACUCCUCUGACGAAUUCUUCCAGGCCACAAAUCACGCUGAGCAGACCUUCCGCAAGAUGGAGAGCUACCUGCAGCAUAAGCAACUCUGUGAUGUGCUCUUAAUAGCAGGCGAUCACAGGAUACCAGCUCACAGACUGGUUCUGAGCUCCGUCUCCGACUACUUUGCUGCAAUGUUCACAAGCGAUGUGAGGGAGGCCAAACAGGAGGAGAUCAAGAUGGAGGGGGUGGAUCCGGAUGCCCUCACCUCCCUAGUUCAAUUUGCCUACACUGGUGUCCUUGAGUUGAAAGAGGAGACCAUUGAGAGUUUAUUGGCGGCAGCUUGCCUCUUGCAGCUCUCACAAGUCAUCCAGGUUUGCUGCAACUUCCUGAUGAAGCAGCUCCAUCCCUCCAACUGCCUGGGUAUACGCUCCUUUGCCGACGCGCAGGGCUGCAUGGACCUUCUUAACGUGGCUCACAACUACACCAUGCCUUCUCACUCAGGAUCUUCAUCUGUCUGUCUGUCCUGCUCUGUGUCCAACUAGUGUCGCCCAAGUCCUCUGGCUCUCUGUGUGGUGCUCUCAACUUGCUUCUUCCAGCUCUCGCAACAUCAUCAUCUCAUCUGGCUCUGUCUUACUGUCUGUCUGAUUGUUAUUCAUCUUUAUGGUGCAGAAAUGUAGUCCUAGACCUAUUUUCUCUUCAUUUUUACCUAUCGACAAAAAUCAAUGAUUCACAACAUGUGAGUCUAUAAAUCAAUAUUCUUGAGGCUACUGUUGCUGGUUUGCUUUUAGUGUUGUGGUGACGUUAACGAAUGUGACUGAGAAGAAGGUUGAAUGUGCCUACGGAAAAAACGCAAGCCACAUGCUGACCACCUCUGUAAAACCGAUCCAGAACUACCAAUGAUACCAAAUAUUGGCGAGUGUACGGUAUGAAUGAAUACUUAACCACAAAUACGCAAAUUGAUCUAAAAAAGCUGGUGUGGUGAAUACAUUUUUACAUGGAGAGUAUAAGCAUUUUAAACACCACACACUUCAUUUUACAUUAUUUCAGUCACAGUAAUAAUAUAAUGACAAUUUGGUGUUGCGUAUGAAUGAUGACGAGUGAGCGUUUCAUGAGACCCUCUGCAUUGCUUGAGUGAAUCGUACAUCCUGUGCUUCAAUGCAAUUGUAAAAAAUAGUGCAUGCAUACUUAAAGACAACAUAUCAAAAUAAAAUGUAUAGUUAUAAUGACAUUUCAAAGUGCUUAUGAAAAUAUGCAAUUCAAACUCUUAAAAUAAUGGUGAACUCAAGUAAUGGCUCUUUAUAUAAAUGAAAUGUAAUCCGAUCAAUUUUCCAUUUCUACGACAGACUUAUUAAGUACAUGAUAAAUAGUAACAUACACAUGGAACCUUACCUCCUUUCCACCUAACAGUCCUUCGCAGUGAGAGUUAGUAGUUGACACUCUAUUUUCUUCCCCACUGUAAUUCUGCCACAGUCUCCAUUUGACAGCUCAGUGUCAAGCAGCUCCUUUGGCAUCCUUGCAGGUUGGCCAUGGAGACAGAGAGGCUAAGGACAAAUAUCAAGGUGAGGAAACAUCAGAGGCAAAGACAGGCCAAAUUGGUUGAAUGCAUUGGGGCAAAAAUAGUUGCAGCUGACAGGUGAUUUAGCUAGACUCAUAAAUCAUACAUAGAGGUGAAAUCAGAUUUAAAUAGAACUGCGUGUACAACGGAUAUUAUCUAAACGAGGUAUGAUAAGAAUAUAUUAACGUAUAAAAAACACAAAGAAGUUUGUCUACUAGACUAAACAGCAUUUCUGUACUAUAUACAUCCGAUGUUAAAAAUAUCCAAAAAUGUCCAAAUAGUCCCCAAAUACUAAUUACCGUAUUUUCCGGACUAUAAGGCGCACCGGACUAUAAGGCGCACCUUCAAUGAAUGGCCCAUUUUAAAACUUUGUCCAUAUAUAAGGCGCACCGGACUAUAAGGUGCACCAUUAAUGCAAUCACAAUUUAAUAACUUGAAAUGGUGAAAACAAUAACAAUAUAUCAAUAAUGCUAAUAUCACACAACACCCAAAAUAAACAUGUAAAGCUUACUUUAAUAAGUGCAAAACAAAAUAGUCAGAUAGAUCGGUAAACUUAGAAAGGUAAAGUUCCAUCCAUCCAUCAUUCUCUAUUUGGUCCAUAUAUAAGGCGCACCGGACUAUAAGGCGCACUGUCGGCUUUUGAGAAAAUUUGAGAUUUUUAGGUGCGCCUUAUAGUCCGGAAAAUACGGUAGAUGAAAAAAAAAAAUACAUUUAUUUCACAGUAGAUUAAGUAGAUAAAUGUCUUAUAUUAUAAGAUAAAUGUCUUAUAUUAUAUAAUAGCGGUUUCACACAGUAUGUAGACUCUGCAACAUGGAAACAAUAAAAGUGUACCUCCGGAAUGCUAAAUUGCAACAUAACGUGAGGUCUUGUAUGUUUUCAUUAAAAUAAGUGCAUUUUAUUCAUGUAUUAUUGAAUUUUAUUUCAAUUUUAAUAAUUGAGAUUUAUGUUUUAUAUGCAGCACUUUAUUACAACUGUGAAUGUUGCUAAAGUGUACUAGAAGUUGAGUUGGGAUAUUUGAUAAAUUACCAUAUAUUGUUUUCAGUCUACCCCCCCAAAAUACUACUGUCAAUUCCAUAGUCUUUUCAUAACAAUUACUAUUUGAAAUAAAUGUCAUGGAAUGCCCGUGCGAUCCCCGUGGGGACAAGCGGUACAGAAGAUGGAUGGAUGUCAUGCAAUGCUACAAAUUCCUUUGGAGUUGAGCACUCAUCCUCUUUGUUACCAUCCCCUAUUUUGAGACUAGUUGCAUUCAAAUAACCUUUCAUAACCUGUAAAGAAAUGAAAUGAAGAUGUCUCAGUUAUGUUUAUCAUCUAUUGUUUUGUGAAGAGAAUUGGUUGACAUGCACAUAUGAAUAGAAAUGAAAAGUUUGAUGCCUUCAGUUGAUCUAAUUUAUUUCAGCAGCUGCCAGUAAGAGAUACCGUGUAGCUGCACAUUGAUUAGUGCAACCAGCUCAACCUGGAAAUGGAAUUCCUGUUACAUUUUAGAAAGAAAUAUUUGCAUUGGAUUAAGAUUCAUACACAUGCUUGUCAGAUAAGGUCUUGGCUGGCCAUGCAGGAGUGACACAGCUGGGUAUUUGUUAUCUCCUAAAGGACAUCUGCUCAGCCUGUUUACAAAGCUGGCUUCCGGGAUCAGGAGGUUAAUCUAAUCAUCAAACUGCACAGGAUGGCUGAACUUCCUGUUCAAUUGCUUUGGUAAUGAGGAGAAAAAUCUGUGGACUUCCUGGAAGUCUGUAUCCUACUUUAGCAGUGAAGAUAGUUUUGUUUUAAUAACCUUGUUUUUUCCUCAAAGUUUGUAUCUGAAGUUUGUAUAUCAAUUUAGAAAUGCUCUUUUAAUUGUGUCUUAAUUCAUGCACCUUAACUUUAUUAUAAUUUAAAAGGCGAUUUACUCAAGAGCAGGUAUUUAUCGGCAUGUCGAAGACAUAAAAUACAUGACGAUAAUUAAACAGUUUGUGAGAGGUCCGACCAAUUGGAGAGUGAAAACCACUUUUAAACUCUGCCGAUAAAAAUGCUAUUAAAACAGUAAAUAAAACAGUGGAAUAGCAUUAUGGUGUAACAAGUCACACUUAUAAGCCUUAUUCACAUUGAUACAAAAAAUAGUAAGUGAUACAAAGUGGGUUAUCAAAACUAAAAGUUACUUAGUAGGCUGUGCCGGACAAGAUAAAGGCAAUGCAGUGUCGCUCUCACUUCAUUUAGGCAUCCUAAAUCAGUAUCCAAGUAGAAAAGAAACACUGAAAUGCAUGUUGUUCAUGAAAUCUAAACUCAUCAAUUAAUUUCUAACCUUAGAAUUUGCUAUUGUUACUACUUUUAAUGUAUUCAUAAACAGCGUGAUUAAAGGCGGUAAUUUGAUUCCUACAAAUUGUGGCUUGCUAGCCUCAUGACUGACUACAGCUUGGCCUGGUGAGGUUGUUCUGAUUCUCACCUCUCAAUUGUGCUCUGAGGAGAAGCCCCAAUCUCUCUGUUUGUAAAAAAAAUGGGUUUCUAUAGUAAUGGUAUGGAUGCUAUUUGCAAAACAAAGUCAAAUAUGUUCUUCUUAGCAGCAAUUAUUUGUUUUAUUUCCGGAUAAGUCUGGAACAAUUCGAUUUUUAAAGAAGCACUCCAAAUAUUGCCAAAUAUUUGAAGCCAAAAUUUCAUAUAUUGGAAAACCUAUCUAAUACGGGGGGGAAAAAGAAAGCCUAGCUCUGUGUCAAUGGUGAAUGGUGACGUUAUUACAUUAGUUGGUCGUUUAAAUACAAUAUUAAAUUUUUCUCUCGAGUGUAAUUAGACCAUUUCCCAAGCACUCUGAUAUGCAAAAUCAGCAUGAAACUUAUUGUAUUUACAUGUAACUUAUGCCUCUUGAUUGAGAAGCAAGUCACCUACUUGUUCUUCUUUUCACCUAAGGAUACAUUACAAGUUAUGAUUAGUGCACUGGCUAUGUUGUAUCUUUUGUCCAAAGCAGAAGAUAUUAAAGAGUUAAAGCAAACAAAUAUUUUUG